AUAUCAGUGCUCCAAAAAGCCACCCCUUAAUAGGACAAAAAUGCGGCAUAGCAGCUAAAGCUCCAGAUCUUCGUAUAAUAGGCGGUAGAGAAGCUAAAAGAGGAAGCUGGCCGUGGCAGGUCGCCAUCUUGAACAAACACAGAGAACCUUUCUGUGGAGGAACAUUACUAGCAAAAUCAUGGAUUUUGACUGCUGCCCACUGUGUACGCAGGAAGUUAUUGAUCAGAAUCGGGGAACAUGAUCUCAUGUCUGAUGAAGGUACAGAACAAGAGAGUAGAGUCAUAGAUUCUUUCAUCCACCCAGAUUAUGAUGCAGAUACUGUGAACAAUGACAUCGCCUUGCUGAAAGUGAAGCAUCCUUUCUCCUUAAACAACUUUGUACAGCCUGCUUGUUUACCUUCCUCGACAGACGAACUGGAGACUGACACAAGAGCAAUCAUACUUGGAUGGGGAAAAAGGAAAGAUACUGCGUUUUUUGGGACAGACCAUUUACAUCAAGCAGAAGUACCGAUAGUUUCCUCGGAAGACUGCCGCGAAAAUUACGAAAAUUAUCAUAUUAGUGGCAACAUGAUGUGUGCCGGUUUCAAGCAGGGAAGAGUGGAUUCUUGCGCCGGAGACAGUGGAGGACCGUUACUGUACCAAAAAAAUGGUAAAUGGACAAUAUAUGGAAUUACAAGUUUUGGUGAAGGCUGUGGGCAAAAAGGGAAAUAUGGAAUAUAUGCCAAAGUCGCAAAAUUUGUCCGGUGGAUAAAAAAAACGAUAGGAAGGAAUUCAUGAAGAAAUAAUUCGUACUGGUGAUGAGCUGUUAAAUGGGACUCGAUGCAAUAGAAAUAUUUUAAUCUGUAUCUCAAAAAGAGCAGAAAACGGAUGCGUGAGAUUAGCAUCAAUUAUUGAGCAAGAAUUGGGCAAUGCAGAGUUUAUGAAGAUUUCUUCAAAUAUUUUACAUUUUAUGAAUAAAUUUAUUAGGGACAUUUUCGAAGCUAAAUAAGGUAUGCCAUUUUUCAGUGAUUCAACACCUGAAAGAAUUUUAAAAUAUAUGAAUACACUCGACGUAUAUGGAUUCUCAUUAUAUUUAUAAGAUUUUGUUGUGUAUGUUAAUUCUUAGUGUAGUCAUUUUUUUAAUCUAGUAUAUUAAUAUUAAUGAAUUACAUAGUGCCUUUAUGAAGUUUUAGGACUACGUUCGUGCAAGACCAAAAGUUGGGAAAGCUGCAGUUUUACUUAAAUUCUAUGAAUCUGCGGUCAGUGAUAAUUAUCGCCCUUUUCUUAAAUUCUAUGAAUCUGCGGUCAGUGAUAAUUAUUAUUAAUAAUCUGCGGUCAGUGAUAUUAUUAUUAUUUAUUUUUUAAUCAUAUUGUUUCUUCAAAAUACAAUUAAGUCUAUGCUUUGCUUGGCACGUUCAUACAGCUUCUUUAAUUCCUUCCAGGAACUCAUCUUCUGUAUACUCUCUGUUUAUGCUUUUUUCAACCCCUUCAAGGAUAUAAAUGUGACGCGACUUUUGUGAUAAGACUUCAUUUCAGGGAAAAGAAAGAAGUCUGGAAGGGUGAUCUGGUGAAAUAACGAGCGAUUGAAGAACUUGUGAUACUUUAUUUACUGAUAUGUUUAUUAGAAUCUGCUUGACGGAAAUAGAGUUAUGUGAGGGUCGCAUUGUUAUGCUGAGGAAUCCAGUUUCUGUUUGAUUUUUUUUUCGACCUUAAGCACCGAAUUCUCUUUGAAAGUCUCUUUAUUACAAUAAUUUCAAGACCAAAUUCCUUGAGAAAUAUACUUUUCCAAACAAACAAUCACCAAUAUUACUUUUACUCGAGAAUUCUGAAACCGAAUUUCUGCGGGACCAUAACCUUUCCAGCCCAAACACAUGAUUGCCACUUUAUCAAAUAUUCAUAAGCACAAGUUCCAAGUUUCAUCUUGAUUCUUUGUUUAAAAACGUCGUUUUAAACAUUUGAUUUUUGACGUUUGUUUUAAAACGUCAAGAUUAAUAGCUUCCAUUUAGAUUAAAUCAUGGCAUGCAUAAAUUCGAUGCUUCUUCUGUUCUACACUCCGUGCAAAACACAGACAAAAACCAAAACACAUUUUUCGUAUGAUAAUUUUGUGAGCAGUAUCUUUCACGACGCUAAAAUUUAUCUGUUAUUUUUUGAAGGGACAGAGCACAGUUUUUGAGCUACAAGUGUUGAUCGCUUUCGAUGCUCUCGUCCGUUCGAGAAUGCAAAAGAGGAUCAUUCCUAGGUUCAUCAUUAGUAUCUUCAGGUCAAUCAUGAAAUCGUACCUACCAAUGAGAAACAUUGGAAAUAUUAACGCAUCACAUUUCAAAAGACAAAACUGCUAUUUUUUCCACUUUACAAGAACAUUUUGUUGCUGUUCUUUGCUCAGCUUUUGAAUUCGUGACAACAGAUAUUCACUGGAUCAUAGCACUCUGAAAAUUCUGUCCAUAAGCAGACGAUAGCAUUGUGUUCAUAAGCAAACAAAAGCAACUUCAAUUGCAGUAGCAAUAAACGCUGUUUAUGCAUCUUUUGCUAAUGUUUGCUGAAAUUUCUUUAAAAAAAUAGGCCAGAAACUUCAUAGAGCACUAUUACUAUUUAAACACUCAUAAUUUAGUGUAGUAUAAUUCUAUAUAUCAAUACAGCAAGAUUAUUUUAUUUUACCUUUUAAUCUCGAAAUUUUUCAUUUCUCUUUCUUUUUUAUCUUUCAAAGUUUUCUGAUUUAAUACCAUAUUUUAAUUCACCAUCUUUAAAUAUGGAAGAAAGAAAAUUUUAAGUGUUUGCAAGAGCAUAUUACAGUAGAUUUCAAGCAUAAAUUGAUUUACUCAAAUUUUAAGCCAUAAACUAUUUCGUUAAUGAUAAAUUAGCCUUUUGUAAAAAUUUUAUUUAGCAAAAAGUAUAAAAAUUUUCCCCAUUCAAUUUAUUUUUUAAUCAUAUUGUUUCUGUGUUUUAUUUUACUACAUGAUUUUAAAGUUUUAUUCAUAUUAUCUUGUAAGAAUUUCAGAAAUAAUUUAAGGACGGCAAAUGUAAUAUUUUACCAAAUUAAAGAAUUGUCUCUGUGCACCUUAAUAAUAUCAUUUGUGAGAAAAUGAUUGUUCAGACUGUCUACUGGUUAUUGUUCAAGGAAAAGACGGAGGAUUUCAUUUAGACAAAACUGCAUUAUUUUAUACAAUUAGAGGAAUUGCUUCUAUCAUAAUUAAAAUGUCCCGAUUUUCACUAAAGAAGUUUAUUUACAAUUGAAUUAGUUGAAAUUUUAAAUUAUAAGUCGAUUCAAUCGUAACUUUUUUCUCAUUUUAAAUCUUGGAAACUUAAAAAUUUAAAAAAGAUAAGCACAUAGAUGGAUAGAUAACAAUAGCUUUUAAAAUCGAUAGCAGCUCUUAAUAGUCGAUAGCUCUUAAAAUAGCAAUCUACUCAUCAAAGCUGCUUUUCUUGUUAUUUAAAUUCCAAUAUACAGUCGACUCCCUUUAAUUAGGGCACAUAUACGGACAAAAAUAGUUAGACAUUGCGGCUAAUAUUGCAAUGAAAAUUACCUUUCCAUCUUACUGAAAUAGAUGCAUUGGAAACAGUUACUAAAAUGUCUGGAGAUUGAAUUUGUCUACCGAGACGUAAGAGAAAGAAGGUAAGACCAUUCUCUCGUUAGAAAGAAGCAUCAGAUGCAUUGAAAGAUUUUCAAGAGAUGUAAACCAUCCUGUAACAAAUGAUGAAUGAAACUACGCAGCCACAAACAGAUAAUUCCAGUGUAGUGAAGAACAAAGAGAAAUGAAUUAAAAUAAACCGUUUUCGACACUAACUGUAAUCUUUACCGUCGAUGUAAUAUAAUUCUAUAUAUCAGGGAUGGCCAAACUUCAUGUCAGUAAGAGCCGAACGUUGAAAUUCAGGAAAGUUCGAGCCUCGACUAGAUUUUAUAAAAGCCGCAAGUCCGUAUUUAUGUUCUUUUAAAAGCAGUGAAACAGGUUUCAAACGGAAAGAAAUAGCUGAUUCUAAGCAAUUAUUUAAUGACAGUUUGCCUUCAGCAUGUGAUGAUGCGUCGAAGACAACGCGAAAUUUUGCGGUUCUUACAGAUUCUCGAAAUUUUCUAAGAAACUUCUAAUAAUCUUCUGAAACUGUCAUCAGGUUUGCUAAAAAUUUCCAAAGCUUCCAGUUGCCAUAAAGUUUUCAACAUUUCGGAUGCCAAAUUAACUUCUAAAUUACUUUUAAAUUGUUUCAAAUUCUGUAUGAUAUUAGAUGUUUCUUAUGCAUUACAUGCGUUUUCUUUUCCGCUCAUAGAUUAUCCCUGUUUAGGUUUUACCGCUGCUAUUGAUUCAGAUAUUCGGCAGAUCCUUUCUGUAUCCAUUCAUAGAGCUUCCACAAGCAAAUUUUUAAAGAUUUUCUCUUAGGGAUUUCACUUUUAUAGAUUUUCUUCGCAAAAUUGUUUGAUAGAAUCAAAAAAAGUUUUUAUUUUAUUUUAUUUUACCUUUGUUAAUAACGCUAUUAAGUUUCUUAAUUAACAAGAUAUGAAAUAAAAUAAUUAAGCUUUGAUACUGAUCAGUUUAAGUUUGCUAAUAACUCUCAAAGCAACGAAAUAAAGGAAUUAAUUUCUUUUGCGAACAGAGUAGUUUUAGUUGACCCUAUUUCAUACGCAUAUUUUAACUGAAUAACAGUUGCACUAUUCGCUUUCGAGAGUCGCACAUGAUUCGCAAGCCAUGCUAUGGCCACCCCUGCUAUAUAUCGAUGAAAUUUUUACCGCACUUCAUUAUACCCAUUUGUUCGAUUUUUUUUUUCAUAAAUUUUUGAAAUCCUUGCAUAUUUUUAUUGCAACUGUCAGAGCUGUAAUAUGAAAGCCCUCUUUUCCUUGAAAAAUACACCUAAAUUUCAUGGUUAACCGUGUUUUAUUACUAAGAAUACAAUAAAAUAUCAUAGCUGAGAAAAGUUUUAUACAUAAAAUUUUAAUUUGUGUUAUAAACAUGCAUGCAUUUGUCAGUACUGUCUGUAAGAACUUUUAUGAGAAGAUUUCUGGAAAAUAGUAUGUCACAUACUUUUAUUAAAUAGUUAGUGACUAAUAACAUAAUUUAUUUAGGAAACGGUUCUCUUUCUAAACGCUCUCUUCUUCCUGAAGUGUGGUCGUCUGAUCACUAUAGAAUAUUAGAGCUUCCUUCAAAUCUCUCGUUCAAGUUCACAUUUAUCAUAAUCAUUUAAUAAAACUAUAAAAAGACAUCUUUAUGGAAAUGAAAAUUCGAGAAGUAAAUUUUUAAACGUUCGAUUACCUUUAAUUAUUAUGAUAAUUUUAUUUGCUGGAAAUCCAAGUGCCGGGAAGGCGGUAACUUCUAUGAACUCUAACUAAAUCAAUUGAAUGGCUUGUUACCAGAAAUAAGCUUAGAAAAUUCUCGUCAUUUAACAAUUACAAUCCACAUAAAGAUUUUACCUAAAGAGUGAGCAUGUUAACUGCAUUCGUCUUUGCUUUAGUUACAUUAAAAACAGAACUCUCGAAUGAUAUAAUCAAAAAAAAAGGGGGGGACUCAUUCAGCUUAGUAAGAAAAUAGAUGUGACUACACAUUUACCUAUUAUAUACUAACACUUAAAAGAACGAAUCCUUGUCUGCCGUUGCCAGCUUCAUUAUACAAUUUAAAAAUUUAAAAAAUCACUAUUUAUUUUACUAUAUUUAGACUAUUUUGUUUAGUUCACGCUAUAUAAGCAUCAUUAUUUAGCAUUAAUUUGAAAUUUUAUGAAGCUAUUUUCUCUAUUCAGAAUAAAUUCAGUGAUGUUAACAAUAGUAUAUUUUAAUUCAAAAAAUUAUUUAUGUAGCAAUGAAAAUAUGUUUAAGUAGUUUGUGUAGUAUGUUAAUUAAUAAUAUGCCAAUAUCUGAUAUUCCCGUUUAUGUGUUUGUUGUAAAUAUGGACAACCAUCAAUAUUUUGGAAAGAAAAAUUUUCCUCAAGGCAUUGCAAAUCAGAAAAAGAUAGGUCUGUAAUAAACUGGAAAGAUAUAAUUUGUGCUUUGUAUUCACUUUCUUGAUGUUGUAAUGUGAAAUUGUAAAAAAACAGAAAACAAAAAAAAAUAUAUAUAUAUAUAUAUAAGUGAUUUUUUAUUAACUGGAGAAAAUUAAUUGUUGUUGUUAUAUGCAUUUAAUGAUAUAGUUUGUUUGCGCUGUUGACUGUGUCUUACAUUAAGACUUUUUAUUGUUGCAAAUGAAUUAAAUUUAUUA